AUGUCGUCUGCCCCAUCAACGGGGGCUUUUCCGCAGCCAACAAACGGUGAAACUCAAAUGAGCCGCAAGUUCCCUCGUACCCGGACCGGGUGUUUGACCUGCCGGCGUCGAAAGAAGAAAUGCGACGAGACGAAACCAAAAUGUGAAGCCUGCACCCGCAACAAGAUCGACUGCGAAUGGCCACCUCAUAUCAUCCGCAUCUUCGGCCUCGAUCCGCCCAACAAUAGAUCUGAGCAGGAGAAGCGGGGCCGUGACGGGACCGAGAGCUCCACUUCAGAUGACAGCUCCAUAGCGAUUUCUCCAUCUUCUCAGGACUCUCUGGAAGUGAUUGAAAGGCACGACAAAGAUGAUGCGGAUAACAAAAAAGACUAUGCAAUCAGAUGGUCGAGGGGCCUGAACGCCUUUUUAAGCCCCCGGCGAGCCGGGAUGUUGCUGCCAGCAUCGGAAACCUUACUGGCACACUAUAUGGAACUGACAGGGCCGCUAUUAGCCACGGCACCUGCGCAGACUGCUCCUUUCGUAUCGUGGGUUAUGCCGAUAGCCUACAAUGAUGAUCUGUUGAUGCACAGUGUCCUAGCACUAAGUGGGGCGCACUUGUCCUUCAGGGCUGAGACUCCCGAGAUUAACCAGGCCAUCUACCAACAUUAUUGCUUAGUAUUGAAGACACUUCGGCAAGUAUCCCAGAACGAGAAGCUACUGAAGGACCCAUUUGUACUCCUUCGAGUGGCCAUGACCCUGGUCAUGCUCUGUCAAUAUGAGGUUAUCUCCGGGAACCUAGAUGGAUCUUUCUUCAUGCAUCUUCGUGCAAGUCGCCACAUUAUUCUCGAGCUCCGGAACAAGCGCCACGAACUCAAGACCGAAGGGGAACGGAAGCUUUAUGGAUUCGUGAUGGAGUUCUAUGCCUACUUCGUACUCUGUAACAGCAUCACGCCGUUUGGCAUGAAUGAGCGUCGAAAUCUGAUCCACGACCCAUUCCUCCAGUCACUAGAUGACUUGAAGGACUUUGGGGCAUUUGGGGUCAUGUUCGGUGGAGGUCACGGUCUAUUCGGGCUCAUCUCAUCAAUCGCCCUUUUCGCAGCGCAGCAAGAGCUCAUGCAUUCAUGGGAAAGCUUACCUGACCCAAAGCGACUGGCAACGUACAACAACUUAAAACAAACCACGCUGAACUGGAAUCCGUCAGAUUCUGAUUGCGCGGACGCCGAUUGGCCCGCCGCGCUAAAAGCAACACUGGAAGUAUGCCGCAACGCGCUAUUGAUCUUCCUGGAAACCGGUCUGUCCCCACUUUCUAGACGAGAUGCAGAGAGGCUUGAGCGUAUACAAGGUCAUAUCGACAUUGCAAUGAUCCAUAUGCCGGAGGUUAUCGAGUCCACUUAUGCAUGCAUUCUUAUGUGGCCUCUAUUGAUGAUCGGGUCCUGCAUGGUUAAAGAAGAACAGCGAUUAUGGUUGCAGGAUGUCUUGAAGCACAAUCGCUACAUGAUGCGACAUUCAAUACAAGGCUGUGAACUGCUGGAAAUGCUGUGGGCUGACACUGAUGAGUUUGUCAUUGGACCUCGGGGGCUCGGGUUAUUAAUGGAGAAGCAUGGUCUCAACUAUGGAGUUAUAUAA